GCACUUUUUCAGGGGUUUUGUGCUUGUAGUCGGUCGCCAAGUUUCCUAUCGGGAAAGGGAGGUCCCAGUCAAAGAUGCAGCUAACCAGUCUUUCAUGGUAUCCUCAUAGGCCCUGCAUAUUGCUUCGUUUCCAAAAUGCUACGGUUUUGCUCGAUUGUGCAUUGGAUAUCUCGUCGUACAACGCAUUUCUUCCAUUUGUAUACGACGAAAGAUCACGCUUACGGAAUCUACCUCUCUCUCAUGGUGACGAAUUACCAUAUCUGAAGCAGUUGAAUGACAACGUAUUCGUGGAAGGCGUUCCUGAGGUGCAUCCUGUUCCGCUAGAUGCACUCUGUAUGAGCACUGUCGAUUACAUACUGGUGUCCAACUGGCAAUCUUUAGUGGCCUUGCCAUUCUAUACAGAAAACUCUGGAUUCAAAGGCGUUGUGUAUUCCACCGAACCUGUCGUACAGUUUGGAAGACUGAUUAUGCAGGAACUCAUAGACUACCACGAUCGCAUCGUGUGUGAUGGUGUGGACGACAAAUGGAAGGAUCCGUCCAUAUACUGUUUGUUUCCUAAUGCACCUACGCGUAAUCCUCUUGAGUGGAAACCGUUCUAUACAAUGCAGAAAAUGGAAGCUGCAUUGUCUCGCAUUACAACCGUAUCUUUCAAUCAGCCUGUUAAUCUAGAAGGAAAUGUGGUGGUGACUGCUUGUCCAAGUGGUUAUACCAUUGGGUCAUCAAACUGGAUGUUCAAAACCGAAUAUGAGCGUGUGGGGUAUCUCGCGUCAUCGUCAGUGCGUCCUACUCAUGCAAGAUCUGUCGAAUGGGAGAAAUUUCAUGAUGCCGAUGCUCUUAUCCUCACUUCUUUGGGAAGGAAUGCAGAUUGUAGUCUUGAGGGAGCCAUCAUGGAAAUUGCACAGACUGUAGUGGAUACCUUAAAACGUGGUGGCAAUGUGCUCAUACCGGUAUCUCCCGUCGGCUCGGUUUACGAUCUCAUAGACAUUGUUUCGAGAAGCAUUGAUGGUGCUGGUGGUUCUAUUUUGGAAACGCGGAUAUACUUUAUCUCACCUGUCGCGAAAGGUGCUCUAGCAUAUUCUAAUGUGAAUGCUGAAUGGCUUGCCGAGGCUAGGCAGAAUGCUGUAUAUGUUCCCGAAGAGCCUUUUGUGCACAUGGGGCUAGUAAGGAAUGGAAGGCUGAAGCUGUACGAGAAUAUAUACGAAUCAUUCUGUAGAGAGUACAAGACACCUUGUGUGGUUUUCACUGGGCACCCAUCGCUACGAAUUGGCGAUGCCCCACACUUACUGGAAAUGUGGGGCAACGACUCGAGGAAUGCUCUUAUCAUGACUGACCCGGACUACCCGCUCAAUGAAGUCUAUGCUCCUUACGAAGAUUUGGCAAUAAGAGCUUUUUACUAUCCUGUCGAAACUCGCCUUGAGUUUUCGUAUGUGAACACUACGCUGCUUCCGGUGGAGCUGCGGCCAAAGAAUCUCAUAAUCCCGGAGGCUUACUCGAUAGCUCAUUGCUCGAAGUCCCCUACGCAUAACAGGAUAGAGUUCGUUGUUCAGUAUAAUUCUAUCACGCCUAUGAGGUACGACGAGCAACUAUCCAUCUCUCUUCCAUCAAAAAAGCUACGAAAAAGAAAGAUCAAGGUAGAUCCCGACGUGAUCAAACGGAUAGAACUCCGUGGACAUCAUUCAAACUCGGAAAUCGGUCUUGCUUCAUUGACAGGGUAUCUGUGUGCAUAUGACGAAGCCUAUGAAUUGCACCCAGCAAAGAAAAAAGUGGGUGCACUCCGACCGAAGUUUGCUGGUCAGCUUACCACAGAGAUGGUAAUGAAAGCUCUGCAGAAGAGAAAUUUGUCUGGUCGCGUCACAAUGCAUCCCGAUGGAGAACGAAAAAUUAUCAAAAUUGACUCAAUCAACUCUGCAAUCACCCUGAGUGCUGAUGGAAUGAGCACCAAUAUUCAUCGCUUUGUUGACGAGUCGUGCAUAACUUGCGAUGAGUGGAAUGUGAGGUACUGCUCAAAAACGCAUCUGGGGAAGAAAGCGGCGGCGCACGCCAAUACUGAGAUGUCUCACUGUCGCUCGAAGAUCUAACUUCUGAAAUCCUGGAUCGCUUGGAAGAAAUUGUUAUGUACAGU